AUGGCCUUAAUCUCACUUUUAGUAGCCAUUGUUUUACUGAUCUUCUCAUACAAUCCUUGUUUGAGUUGCCCUUUACACCAAAAACAAGCCCUCCUUCAUUUCAAACAAUCUCUUCUUACAGAACUGACACUAAACCAAUUUUCUGAUGCAUCUCUUGCGGGCUUAGAGACAUGGAACUCAAGCUCAGAUUGUUGCGAAUGGGAACGAGUUUCUUGCCUUUCAUCAUCAUUAUCAUCGUCGAAACAAGUAACCCGUCUUGAUCUUUCCUCACUUCUCCCUUCGUUACUUGUAGAUGCAAGUGAUAGUUCAGUGGGGGUUGCCUCACAUGUUUUAAGUCCUCUUUUUAAUAUAACAAGUUUACUGUCUGUUGACUUAUCAUAUAACCUGAUCUUUAGUGGUGAAAUCCCAGUGCCUGGGUUCGGAAACUUGUCUAAUCUCACUCAUUUAGACCUCAAACUUAACCAUUUUACCGGUUCAAUCCCUGAAGAAUUGUUCCUUUUGAAGAACUUACAGUACCUUGAUAUGAGUAGCAACUCACUUGUUGGUACACUGAGUUCUGCAGUAAAUGGUUUAAGAAACUUGCAGUUUCUGAACAUAGAUGGGAAUUUUCUGCAUGGAAAAAUACCAGAAGAGAUUGGAUAUCUUACUAAACUACGCACGUUAUCACUUCGACAAAAUCAAUUCUCAGGUGGGAUUUCAUCGAUGCUGCUGAAUUUGAUCAAUUUGGAGGUCUUGGACUUGCAUAACAAUUCUCUGUCAGGUGAAAUUCCACCUAAUAUUGGCAAUUUAGCAAACCUGUCAACACUGUCCCUAAGCAGAAAUUCUCUGACAGGAGGAAUUCCUGCAUCAAUUCAAAAGAUAAGCAAUCUUACAAACCUUCAGUUGAAAAAUAACUUGUUAUCAGGAAGAAUUCCUUCUUGGUUGUUUGAUAUAGAAACACUGAAAAUUUUGGAUAUUGGAGGAAACAGGUUUGUAUUAGAUAACUCAGUGCAACUUUUUCCUAAGUGCAAGUUAUCUCAGCUCAUUUUGAACUCUUGUGGGCUUAAAGGGCCAAUUCCUCGUUGGAUUUCGAAUCAAACAAGCUUGGAUUUCUUAAACCUUAGUGAGAACGAGCUCGAAGGUGGAUUCCCUCUUUGGCUUGCGGAAAUGGACAUUGGAAGCAUCAUUUUAUCGGAUAAUAAGCUAUCAGGUUCACUGCCACCAAGAUUGUUUCAAUCAGAAAGUUUAUCAGUUCUUGCUUUAUCUAGGAACAAUUUCUCAGGGGAGUUGCCUGAAACAAUUGGAGAGUCUGCACUUAUGAUAUUGAUGUUAUCAGACAACAAUUUCUCCGGUAAGAUACCUCAAUCAUUGCCCAACAUUUAUAGGCUUAUUCUCUUGGACUUGUCCAAAAACAAUCUCUCAGGUGAUCAAUUUCCUACUUUUGACCCUGCGUUAUUCCUUGCUUUCGUUGAUCUUUCUUCCAAUCGCUUCUCCGGUGAAAUCCCCACAGGAUUUGGCCCGGGUGUUAUCAUUCUUUCACUUAGCGAAAAUGAGUUUUCCGGAUCAAUCCCUAGUGAUCUCUCAAACCUCACCCAUCUCCAGAUCCUUGAUCUCUCCCACAAUAACCUUGUUGGGAGCAUCCCUACAGAACUUGGGAGCCUUCACGGCAUGAUCAAUCCACCUGAUACAUCCGCGCUCUCAUCUGCAUUGUUUAGCUUCGCCAUUCAGUUCCAGGACUUGAUAGUGAACUGGAAAAAUUUCAAGCAAGGUUUACCAAAAUACAACCUUGAUUUCUACUCUUUACUGGACUUGUCAAACAACCAGCUUACCGGCCAAAUUCCUAGCUCAUUAGGUGGUCUUAAGAGUCUCAAGUUAUUAGAUCUUUCUCACAAUUCUCUUCAUGGAAAUAUACCAACCAGCAUUGGAGAUUUGCAAAGUGUCGAGAACUUGGAUUUGGCAUAUAAUACUCUCUCUGGUGGGAUCCCAACAACAUUUGCCAAACUGCAACAGCUAACUACUUUAGAUUUAAGCCAUAACAAGCUUCAAGGAAGGAUCCCGCGAAGUUCUCAGUUGGAUACUUUGAAUGAUCCUAACAUCUAUGCUAAUAAUAGUGGCAUAUGUGGGGUGUCUAUACGAGUGGAUUGUCCUGAGGACAAACCCCCUCCUGUCGCUGAGCCUACGGAAGAAGCCAAUGAAUCAAUUUCAUGGCAGGCUGCUGGUAUUGCGUUUCCGGCAGGAUUCAUAGUGGCAGUUGUGAUUUUUUAUAUUGCUGGAUUUUUCAGUGCAGGGACUAAUCGCCGUAGUUUGCGUAUGGCAGGAAAUGGAAGAUGCAACAGCAAGAACUAG